CUGUGGCGGGCGGGCAGCGAUGGCGGCGGCCGAGGUGGCGCGGCAGGGUGAAGGCUGUCGUACUGUCCCCCUUUCUGGACAUGUAGGAUUUGACAGUUUGCCUGACCAGCUGGUUAAUAAGUCAGUUAAUCAUGGGUUUUGUUUCAACAUCCUGUGUGUGGGGGAAACUGGCCUUGGUAAGUCCACUCUCAUGGACACACUUUUCAACACCAAAUUUGAAGGUGACCCAGCAUCUCACUCACAGCCUGGGGUCCAGCUGAAAUCCAGUACCUAUGACCUGCAAGAGAGCAACGUCAACCUCAAACUGACUAUUGUAAGCACAGUGGGCUUUGGGGAUCAAAUCAACAAAGAGGACAGCUACAAGCCCAUUGUUGAGUUCAUUGAUGCUCAGUUUGAAGCCUACUUGCAAGAAGAACUGAAGAUAAAGAGAGUCUUGCAUAAUUACCAUGACACCCGGAUCCACGCUUGCUUGUACUUCAUUGCUCCGACAGGCCACUCGCUGAAAUCCUUGGACCUGGUAACAAUGAAGAAGCUUGACAGCAAGGUCAACAUCAUUCCUAUCAUUGCCAAAUCUGAUGCCAUUUCCAAAAGUGAGCUGACCAAGUUUAAAAUCAAAAUCACAAGCGAACUGGUCAGUAAUGGGGUUCAGAUCUACCAGUUCCCAACAGAUGAUGAAUCAGUGGCGGAGAUAAAUGGAACAAUGAAUGCCCACUUGCCGUUUGCAGUGAUUGGGAGCACGGAGGAGUUGAAAAUAGGAAACAAAAUGAUGAAAGCUCGUCAGUACCCUUGGGGCACAGUGCAGGUGGAGAAUGAAGCUCACUGUGAUUUUGUGAAGCUGCGGGAGAUGCUGAUCCGUGUGAACAUGGAAGACCUUCGUGAACAGACCCACACACGGCACUACGAGCUGUACCGGAGAUGUAAGCUGGAAGAGAUGGGUUUCAAGGACACUGAUCCAGACAGCAAGCCCUUCAGCUUACAAGAAACUUAUGAGGCCAAAAGAAAUGAGUUUCUGGGGGAACUGCAAAAAAAGGAAGAGGCAAUGAGGCAAAUGUUUGUCCAGAGGGUCAAGGAAAAAGAAGCAGAGCUGAAGGAAGCUGAAAAAGAGCUCCAUGAAAAGUUUGAUCGUCUGAAGAAGUUACAUCAGGAUGAAAAAAAGAAGCUGGAGGAUAAGAAGAAAUCUUUGGAUGAUGAAGUUAAUGCAUUUAAACAAAGGAAGACAGCAGCUGAAUUGCUCCAAUCUCAGGCUCAGCAGGCUGGAGGAUCACAAACUCUUAAGAGAGAUAAGGAAAGAAAAAAUAACCCAUGGCUCUGUACUGAGUAAUUAUCCCUGAAUACAAUGGGCUGGAAUGGACCUUCAUUUACUUGUUAAAUCACAGGGUCUAAUAAAACGUGACAGCAUUUCAGCUGUGACCUUUCCAUGGUGUUACUCUUGCUCUCUGCUAUACUCUUGUUGUGAACUUGUUUUACUAUGUACUGGUGGUUAUUGCUUUAUUAAAUAAUGUAAAAUGAGUCCUAACGAGUUUGGGACACUGUAGCUUUAAUUUCUCUCUCUUUUGUUUUUUAUCCAUACAGUUAAUAGCCUCCCCCUUUCUCUCAGUCCCUCUCUAACCAGAAAACAUAAAAAUGAGUUCUGUGAGAUGAGAGUUAUUUUUGCUGGCAAAAUAACAAUGCGGUUUAAGUGUAUUUAUUUGGUGACGUUAAGAUGACACCACCACCUUAGUUUGAUUAUCAAAUAGUCAAAAGAUUAAAAAGUUUUCUUCAUACUUGGGGCCGUUUUCAUGACAUCAUUCAUCUUUUAUUAUUUUUAUUUCUGGAUAAUGCUAUGUAAAGACUGGCAUUAAUAGGCGUUUCCAGUUCUGACUUGCUAGUUGUGACCCUGAUCCUCCAGUUGCAUUGUGUGCAGGCAGGGGGAAUCCAUGUGUCCUGAAACAUCAGGGUGCUGCUGGCAAACAGUUCCAACAAAACCCUUCAAACCCAAAGGUUUUUGAAAGAUAAGCACGUGUCAGAGCUAGCCAUGAUAGAUCAUGCAAGCCACUGCUGAGGAUUUUUGUAGGAAGGUGUUAGUUUAGGAUGGUGCUAAAACCUCACAGGCUUCAUUUUGUGUUAGCAGGCUGGCUGCUCAUGCUAACAGGCUGCAGCCUGGCCUUUCCUUUGGGGCAAUCAAGGCAGCUAGAACUCUUGACUGCAAUGUGUUGUCUCAGUUUUGCUAUGAAUACAGUUUUAUUUCCUGUACAACUCUUGUGUUUGUUUGGUGUUUUUUUCUUCUUUUAAAGCAAGUUAAAAUAAUUUGAUUGGUUUGCUUCAUUAUUGAAUUCCCCCUUCCAAAACCAGUCAGUGGUUUCAAGAUUGUCCUUUAAAAGAAGCAUUUAACGCAGGUUUUUUUCUUUAACCCAUACUGCAAGUCACUGGUUGUUCUUCCUGACCAUUUGCCUUAUUAGAAUGCAAUUAAAAGUAUUUUAAAAGAAAAAAAGUGUUUUACUUGUGUGAUUUCCAUGAAGGUGCCAUGAGAUACGUAACCUCACAGAAGGAGGUUCCACCUCUCCUGUCAGCUGUUUUCAUGUUGCAUCUCUUUUCUCUGCUUUUUGAAUGUCUUUCUCUUUUUUGCUAAUCUUCUGUUGUUUUU